UACAUUUAGGUCUCUCGACGUUGCAAGUUUCAAAAGAUUGCUCCUCGACGAAGGUCAGUUCUCGCGUAAGCUCGAACUGCGUCGGAUGGCGAGCACGGAUUGGAUUGGAUAGGCAGCAGGCAGCACGUAGCAGGACGGACCAAGAAGGAACAGAGGUCGUCACCCGGAUACAGACAAAACUUUUCUGAGUGCCCCAGUCCCAGUCGCAACCCCAAACAGCAUCCAAUCCAAUAAACGUGCAAAAAUAUUUUUUGUGAAAAUAAUAUCCACCGUACAGAUGCUUUCGAGCCACUGCGAUUUGGGAUGUGGCUGCGGUUUUGGCCUUAGUUUUCGAUUCGGCACAAGCAAACAGGCAACGUACAUAUGUAAUUCGUAAUGUUGCAUAAUUACACCACAUGAAUGGCUGGCGAACCGAAUUUGGGCGUUGCAGUUGCCAUUGCAAUUGCCGUUGCCGUUGCAUAUUGCUGAUGCCCUGUCGCAUUUUCGCUGGCCACUUUGUUUGCCGCUGCCGCCAUGGAAACGUGUCGCACCUGUGCGAUUUCCAUGUUUGUUUGCGACUUCGAGAAUGGCACCAAUAACAGCCACUUCCUGGACCUCCACCAUCCCAACUGCUGGCCAAGUGAAAUGGCCCAAAUACGCCUGCAGUUCGUCAAUUGGAAUCUAAAGAUAUCACCUAAUGAUGGAUUGCCCCAGAAGAUCUGCAGCGACUGCUUUACAAAGUUCUGCUCGAUAAACGCAUUCCGAGUGGCUUGCCAGGAGGCGCAGUUGAAGUUGUCAAAUAUUUACGACAAGAUCGAUGCCAGCAGCCUGGAGGAAGAGCACCAGGAUGACUUGGACCAAGCAGAGGAUCAAAGGGGAACAGAAACAACCAAACCAACAACGACGGUUUCAGCCGAAACACAACCAAACACUGCCACUGACCCCACAGAAAUUUUCGUGGAUGCCGUAGACAUCGAAGAGGAGGAGGUGGAGCAACCGCCGGAGGAGUCUGCCACUCCGGAACUGACCAUUAGCUAUGCCUGCAAGUUCUGCCUGAGGCCGCAGGAAAGCUACCAGCUGCAACAACUUUUGCUAGAGCACAUCAACGCCAGCCAUGAUUCGGAGCAGCCGUACAACUGUCCGGAGUGCGAGGCCUGCUUCCAGGAUGCCGCUUCGAGGACCGUGCACUUGAAAAACAGCCACGUGGAGAAGCAACACGCCUGCGAGGUGUGCGGCAAGAAGUACGGCGAUCGACACAAUCUGCGCCACCACGUCGAAAAGUACCAUUCGGAGACGGACUUCGAGUGCGGGCUGUGCGAGAAGCGCUUUUACACCCGCAAGAGCCUCAACUACCACAUGAAGUGGCACAAUCCGGACCGCCAGUUCAAGUGCCGGCACAGCGGCUGCGAACGGCUCUUCAUCAGCCAGCGCCACCUCAUGUGCCACGAGGCCACCCACACAGGCACCAGCUCCAGGAAAAGCGAGCACUGCGGCUUCUGUGGAAAAACCUUUAUUCAUCUGAAGACCCUUCGUUGGCACAUCUUUAGACAGCACGGCGGAGAGAAGCCCUAUAAAUGUGCAAAUUGCACGGAGGUUUUCGCAUCAUAUGCCGAGAAGCGGAUCCACAUGCUGGAGCGGCAUAGGGAGAACCUCACUGCCAUCGAGCGGAGCGAAUGCAUGCUGUGCCGCCAGCCCUUUUCCAGCGAGCAGGAACUGAUCCACCACAUGUCCGUGGAGCACCUGCAGCGUCCUGGAGCUCCGGUGAUCGCCAACAAUAAGCGGGUGCUGCAGCAGAAGCGGGAGCGCCAGUAUUCCGGACUCUUCCAGUGCGGCAGCUGCACACAGAGGUUCAACAUGAAGUCGGCGCUGGAGCGGCAUUCCGCCGUGCACUCAGAGAAGGAUCGGCCGCACGCCUGUCCGCAGUGCUCCAAGCGGUUCAAGCGCGCACAGGACAUGAAGUGGCACAUCAAGACGCACGAGAAGCACGAGAAUGUUUGUGAUGUCUGCGGCAAAGCCUUCGCCCUAAAGUAUGUGCUAAAACAGCACCGAUUGAGCCAUGAAGUCUUGGAGAAGAACUUCAAGUGUAAUGUUUGCGGUAGGGCAUAUCUGUUCGAGAAGUCUUUGCGGCUGCAUCAGCGGGUUCAUACCGGCAAAACCUACUACAAAUGCGAUGUCUGUCAAGAACGAUUUGUCACGCACGUUAAGCUUAAAACUCACAUGCAAAAGUCUCACGCCUCUCAGCCGCACUCUGAUUUGGAUAAAAAUGAUCUGAUCAACAUUGUGAUUUCCUAACCAAGUGGAACAGCAAAGAUUCCUGUUUUAGCCAAGCACAACGUCGAAACUGUGUUGCAUUGGGAGCGUAGCUCUCGGAAACUACAGAUUUCGAACCUACACAGACCAUUCCUUCCAUCCAAACACUAGACCAUAUGCACACAGCGAUCUUUGGAUCGUCUAUGUGCUUCGAGCUUUAUUUAGAAUACUCCUUAGGCAAAUAUUACUAUAUUUCCCAUAUAUCUAUCUCCAUUUCUUCAGCCAGUCCUUAAGCCUCUUAAGCCCAUAUCUCUUUCUAUCUAUAUAUCUCACAAAACGCCUGUCACGCUCAAGCACAUCUAUUCCACUUGACCAUUUAGCGAUAAGCAAUAAGCAAUGAAAACAAAACAUAAGUUAAAAGAGCAAUUUAAGCUUUACGGCAAACUUUUAAUGCUCAAGAAAUGCAUUUAUUACCUAAUGAAAACCGAGAAGUAUUUACAAUAAUUACUGAAAAUGUAUAAGAAUAUUUAAAAUAUCAAUGUACUAUGGAUUUUAAUAUAUGUAGCUGCAGAUAUAUUUACCAAAUUCAUGUUCCAAAUAAACA